AUGCCCACAGCGCCGAGCGGCGAGAGCAAGGUGCUCUUUGGCAGCAAGAGACAGGGAAAAAGCUCACAUGCUUCGCCCGCCAGCCACCCCUGGUCCCCAGAGGACUGGACCGCCACCGACGACCGCGUCCGCGGCGGCAGCAGCGUCUCCCACCUGACCUGCUCCCCUUCCCGCGACUCUGCCACCUUCCACGGCACCCUCGACAUCCGCACCCUCGGCGGCGCGGGCUUCGCGAGCCAGCGGACCGUCGACGCGCUGAGGUGGGACCUGUCCGGGUACGACUCCCUGGUCCUGUGCCUCUCCUCCUUUCCCCCUGGUCACGAGGAGGGGCAGCAGCAGCAGGAGGAGGAGGAGGAGACGUCAGCGGCAGCAGCAAAGCGCUACACCGUCGUGCUCAAGGACGCCGACGCGCUGCCCAAGAGGCCCGACGGCCGCGAGCAGAGCACCGUGAGCUGGGAGUUCGACUUCGAGGUCGACGGGCAGGGCCGGGCCGCGGAUGGCGACGACGUAGUGGUGAUGCCCUUUGCCGAGUUCAAGGCCACCUACCGGGGCAAGCCGAAGGAGGACGCAGACCCGCUGGACCUGAGCCGGAUCACGAGAGUGAGCUUCAUGAUGCGGAGCUUCUUUGGUGAGCAAGAAGGCGACUUCUGCCUGGCCCUCAAGUCGCUGGCGGCAGUGAAGAACGAGUCGCGCCAGCCGACACAAGCCGAGAGCGUCUGCACGAACGACAAGCAUAGCCUCGACAAGCCCCUACCGGAGCAGAAGGGGACGGAGAAGCAGGAGCAGCAGCGGGAGCGGGAGCGGCCACCCGAUGCCAAACAUAUUGAAAAGGACCCCACACUUGGCCCAUUUCCCAGCAUCGAAAUGUCGUAA